AUGGUGGUGGGGGAGGAAGAGAGAGAGCACUUGAUAUUCGUGUAUGGAACCCUAAAGCGAGGUUUACCAAACUACCCCCUGAUGGAGGGACUGAUGGCUGGAAACGACGCCGUUUUAGUUGGAUCAUACUCAACCAAAGAGCCGCACCCACUCGUUUUGGGUCCCAACGGAAUCCCCUACCUGAUCAACCUUCCCGGGUCGGGACAGCGGGUAAAGGGCGAGGUGUAUUCAGUUUCCGAUCGCGCUCUCUCUCUUCUGGAUGAUUUCGAAGGGUUGAGUGUGGGACACUACGAGAGGCUGCCGGUUCGGGUGGCGGAGAUCGGCGGAGACGCGGUGGAGGCAGAGGCGUAUUUCGUGCAGAGAGGGUUUGGGGAAGGGUUGUGGAAGAAGAAGGGGGAGGUGGGGCUGAAGGAGUAUGGGGUUGAAGAAGCGAAGGAGUAUGUGAGGAAAGAGAACAGAAAACCUGGUAGCAAUGCCGUUGACGAGGUUCGUGAAUUUGUUCUUAGUUGUUAA